AUGACAGUAAAGCUCGGCUCAGCAGCAGUCCCCCCUUGGCAACCCUGGGCAGCCUCCUGGAUGACCAGCACUGGCACUCGGUCCUCAUCGAGCGGGUGGGCAAGCAGGUGAACUUCACCGUGGACAAGCACACACAGCACAUCCGGACCAAGGGCGAGGCGGAUGCCUUAGACAUUGACUAUGAGCUUAGUUUUGGAGGAAUUCCAGUACCAGGCAAACCUGGGACCUUUUUAAAGAAAAACUUCCAUGGAUGUAUUGAAAACCUUUACUACAAUGGAGUAAACAUAAUUGACCUGGCCAAGAGACGAAAGCAUCAGAUCUAUACUGUGGGCUCGGGGACCCUGCUGCUGAGCCUGGAGGGCGGAAUCCUGAGACUCAUGAUUCAGAAAAUGACAGAACGCGUCGCUGAAAUCCUCACAGGCAGCAACUUGAAUGAUGGCUUGUGGCAUUCAGUUAGCAUCAAUGCCAGAAGGAACCGUAUCACUCUCACCCUGGAUAAUGAUGCCUCAUCCCCAGCUCAGGACACCACCUGGGUACAGAUUUAUUCUGGAAAUAGCUACUACUUUGGAGGGUGCCCUGACAAUCUCACCGAUUCCCAAUGCUUAAAUCCCAUUAAGGCUUUCCAAGGCUGCAUGAGGCUCAUCUUUAUUGAUAACCAGCCCAAGGACCUCAUUUCAGUUCAGCAAGGUUCCCUGGGGAAUUUUAGUGAUUUACACAUUGAUCUGUGUAGCAUCAAAGACAGCUACACUGGUGCCACCUGCCAUAACUCCAUUUACGAACAGUCCUGUGAGGUGUACAGGCACCAAGGAAACACGGCUGGUUUCUUCUACAUCGAUUCAGAUGGCAGCGGACCGCUGGGACCCCUCCAGGUGUACUGCAAUAUCACAGAGGACAAGAUAUGGACAUCAGUGCAGCACAACAACACAGAGCUGACCCACGUGCAGGGCACCAUCCCAGAGAAGCCCUAUGCCAUGGCCUUGGACUACGGCGGCAGCAUGGAGCAGCUAGAGGCCGUGAUCGAUGGCUCAGAGCACUGUGAGCAAGAGGUAGCCUAUCACUGCAGGAGGUCCCGCCUGCUCAACACGCCAG